GCGCGCACACAGAGACACUGACAGGCGGCCAGGUACGCAGCGGAGCUGAAGCGGAAGAAGGAGCAGGUCUAUUUUUUUCCCCCCGACUGUAGCUAUUUAGUCCAAGGUGUCUCCAGGUGUUCCAACCGUGCCGCCUGCUCUUUGGGAACGCGCUUUCUUUAUGAAAGUUUGGCGGAGUCGGAGGAAACAUGACAGAACAGGGAAAGAAGCUGGUUCUGAUCUUGGUGGAUGUUCUCUGUGUCUUUGUUGCGGCUUUGCCGUCAGCCAUUCUUACGCUGGUGUUCCAGCCUUAUCAGAGAGGAAUCUACUGUGAUGACAAGAGCAUCAGCUACACGUACAGGAGAGACACCAUCUCCCAUGGAGCCAUGGCUGCAGUCACCAUCACCUGCUCCAUGGUCAUUAUCACCACAGGAGAGGCCUAUCUGGUGCACACCAAGCGUCUGCACUCCAACUCCCAGUUUAACCAGUACCUGUCCGCCCUCUACAAAGUGGUGGGCACCUUUCUGUUUGGGGCAGCUGUCAGUCAGUCCCUCACAGAUUUGGCGAAGUUCACCAUCGGCCGCCCGCGUCCAAACUUCUUGUCGGUGUGCGCCCCGGUCAGCUGUAACGGAUACAUGCUGCAGAUCAACUGCACGGGCAGCCCGCGCAAUGUGACCGAGUCCAGGUUGUCAUUCUACUCGGGCCACUCAUCUUUUGGGAUGUACUGCAUGCUCUUCCUCUCACUUUACGUGCAGGCCAGAAUGCAGGGGAAGUGGACAAGACUGGUCCGGCCCACCAUCCAGUUCUUCCUGAUAGCGUUCGCCGUGUACGUGGGAUACACGCGUGUCUCGGACUAUAAACACCACUGGAGCGACGUCCUGGUGGGGCUGCUGCAGGGAGCGCUCAUCGCUGUGCUCACUGUGCGAUACCUUUCCGACUUCUUCAAACAUCGGCCUCCGCUCUGCGCAGAACAACAAACGGACGAAAACCAGCGGCUGGAACGCAAACCGAGCCUGCAGCCUUCGGACUCGCAGCACGGAAACCACUACAACUGCUCUGGGCCCGUAUGAGCCCUCAGCAACACGGGCCCACACGAGCAGCUCCGUUACCUAAAGACCUGUGAAAGGAACGAGAAGACCAAACGUAACACAGUUCACUUUGAAACAACUUCCCAACACCUCUCCUGCUAUGAAAGCUUGGAUCUCCAAAACCUGUUGGAACAGAUUCUCAAUGGUUUCAUGUUGUGUCAGUGUGUGUUGCAAAUGAUGUGCCUUACUGACUUAUUUUUUGUAAACACAUGCAGUAACUGUGUACAUAUAUAUAUAUAUAUAUAUUUUAUUCUCUAAGUCUUCUUUUUAAACUGUUCAUCCCUGUCUUGUCUUAACAGAUAAGAAUGAAAUUGAAAGCGACUAAAUGAAAAUAACAUUUUCUGUCCCGGAAGAGAAGCAAAAACAUUGGCCAAACAUGUUCCAAAUAGUUAGUCAGACAUUACUGUCCUUGUAUCUACACUGGAGCUAAGCUGUAUCUGCCUGUUCCUAUUCUUUUUUUUUUUUGCUUUCGACAGUUAUUUUUUCAUCCCUGGAACCUGUGAAUGUGUAAUGAUGAACAGCUUCCACUAACUCGGCGCAUACUGACAAAUGAUAAUGUACAGUGCUAACAUUUGUUUUUAUCUUGUUUAUAACUAAUGUAUCAAUAAAUUUUAUAGCAUU